GUCCCCGUUUGCCUUCUGCCUUGGUAUUGCCAUCACCUUCACUUGGUACACAUAUGUAUCCUUGGUAGCAUUCAUUCAUACAUGCAUUAUCCUCAUCAUCGUCUUCUUCGUGGCCUGCUUCCGAGUCCAGCAUGAGGAAGCGCAAUCACGACGCCCGCCAUGACAUCCUCCUAUCGUCCCCCGAGACUGCGCCCAGUCCGCCAACGAGGUCGCGCCUUCUAUUUGACUGCCCUCGUCAUCACUCUCUUUGCUUGUUAUAGCUUCAUGCGAGACCUUAAUCAUGGCGAUUCUUCUCAUGGCCAGAGGCUUGAUGCUCGCAGUCUCGCAGCACGCGACCUUGAGUGUCGACUUGUCCACAAGGCCAAAGACAAAUGUACCUUUGUCAAGCAAAAUUGUCCCGACGAAGAAGCUGGCCUCCUCUCCUACCUGCAACUCUACUACUGCUCUCUCUCCGACGCCCAACCGUUAGCGUUUCUGCUCCUCGUCCUCUGGAUGAGUCUCCUCUUCAGUACGAUCGGCAUUGCUGCCUCGGACUUCCUCUGCAUCAAUCUGAGUACUAUUGCGAAUAUACUGGGUAUGAGCGAGAGUUUGACGGGUGUCACUUUUUUGGCCUUCGGAAACGGCAGUCCCGACGUCUUUUCCACUUUUGCGGCCAUGCGCAGUAACAGUGGCAGCUUGGCUGUGGGAGAAUUGGUGGGUGCAGCAGGCUUCAUCACUGCUGUGGUCGCGGGAAGUAUGGCCUUGGUUGCGCCUUUUCAAGUCGCCAAAAAGAGUUUCGUACGGGACGUGGGAUUCUUUGCCGUGUCGGCGAGUUUCAGCUUGGUGUUCCUGGCGGACGGGAGCCUGCGACUCUGGGAAUCCAUCACCAUGAUUGCGUAUUACGUUUUCUAUGUGUUUUUUGUGGUUGGCUGGCACUGGUGGCUCUCCCGACGACGGAAGAGGAGGCUUGCUGAGACUACGGCGAGAUUGCAUCACCACAUUCCGGAAUCGCAAGAGCUGGAGGUGCCUGAAAUCGAGGAAGACGAGGAAGCACGCCCUGCUACGGAACGCACUGGCCUCUUGCGCGAGCAGUCAAACGAGACUAUCCCGACCUUACGAACACCGGGAACUCCAGCCUGGAAGGUUGAAGACCUCGACGAGGAUGACGAAACCCGAGACCGAUACCUUGCUGAACUGCAAAGUAGGAUGAGAGUCGGCCGACCAGCACGAGGCGAGCGGAGGAAUACGAUGACUCCCAUUCGACCAAGUUUGAUAGGGGCGCUGGAAUUUAGGUCUCUCAUGACUUCAUUGGAGAAGAAAGCUACUCAUGCACAACCUAUUGGUCUUCGGAGGUACUCCGACGAUGCAUCCGCCGCCCACUCUCCUCUGCCCGUCAGUGCGCCGCCCGGCGCUUCUCAACCGGAGCUAGUCAGCACCCAUUAUUCAGACUUGGAGGCUGAGAGUCCACGUCGUGCGCGCGCCGUAUCUGCGAAUGAUGCAACUCAUCUGCGCAUCGAUACAGACUUCCUCAGCGACCGACAUUCUGAUCGGAGCUCAGAGAAUGUCAUUAGCAGCGGCGAUUCGACGCCAAAUGCAGCUGCUGGGAAACACACGCGGCCGAGCGCGCACAUUCUGAGAACGCUCAAUGAACCAUCAUCGCAGAGACCACCUUCACCUAAACUUGUCGUGUCCACGUCAGGGCACAACUUGCCAGAAACGGGGUCUCUUUUUUCGGAGCCUUCCAAAUCGCCCAACCUGUUGGCACCGCCUGCGACGACUUUCCACCGACCGGAUUACCAUGAGGAUCAUCACUCUGCCAGUCGAAGUCCGGUGAUGUCGCCUCGCUCCGGACCGAGAUUGCAAGUCCCGAUCCUGCAUACUCCACAUCCUGACCAUUCCAAGGGAGUGCUGCGUCAGGAGGAUUUUCCGCCAUACGUGGAUUCUCCAAUGAUCCUCACGCCGCUUUCCUCGCGGCCUCCCAGUAUUCACCUACCAGCACCUAGCAUGUCUCCGCAGUCAACACAACAUCUAGGGCUUCUGCCAGACGAAGAGGAACCACCUAUGCGGAGAUUUGCAUGGUGGCCGUACCGAUACCUGCCUGCUCCUCAGGUUAUAUGUGCGACAUUAUUUCCCACCAUUUACGGGUGGCGGGAAAAGUCGUACAUGGACAAGGUAUUGGGAGUGGUCACCGCGCCCAGCGUCUUUCUCCUGGCUAUCACCCUUCCGGUCGUCGAACCUAAGGAAGAAACCGCGGCGGAUCCAGAUCCCGAGCUCCUGACGCCGGCUGAUGGCAUCCGGCGCAGAUCAGCCAGCUACCUCGAGGCCGCACAAGACGGGUUCGGCCUUAAUCCUAGGUCUGCUUCUUCUGAUGGACCACCCCAUCCGCACGGAACCGGAAUUUCCAGACAAAUGUCGGAGCAUACCAAAAGCCCUCAGCCAAAAGCGGAUGAGUUGGGUGGGCCCAAGGAAUGGAACAGAUGGCUGGUGUUCCUCCAAGUGUUCACUGCUCCGUUCUUUGUUGUGACAAUUGCCUGGGCCAACAUGGACGACGACCAUACCACGAAGCUUUAUGUUCGGAUGGUACUGGGAUCACUGGUGUUCUCGCUCGUAUCGCUUCUUAUCCUCCUCUCAUUGACCACACCCGAUCGCGAACCCAAAUAUCGGCCAUUACUCUGCUUCUUGGGGUUUGCUGUGGCCAUAGGAUGGAUCUCAACCAUCGCCAACGAAGUGGUUGGCGUCCUUAAAGCUUUCGGGGUGAUUCUGGGCAUAUCGGAUGCUAUUUUGGGAUUGACCAUCUUCGCCGUGGGCAACUCGUGUGGUGACUUGGUUGCAGAUAUCACCGUGGCCAAACUAGGUUACCCUGUGAUGGCACUGUCGGCGUGCUUUGGUGGACCCAUGUUGAACAUUUUGCUCGGAAUUGGCAUUGGAGGGAUGUACAUGAGCAUCACCCACGCCACUCACAAGCACGCCAAACACCCUCAAAAACCAAUCAAGUAUAAACCCUACGAGAUCGAUGUGAGCACGACGUUGAUGAUAUCGGGAAUUACCUUGUUAGUGACCUUGGUGGGCUUGCUCAUCGUCGUUCCGUUGAACGGAUGGAGGAUGGAUCGCAAGAUUGGAUUAGGAUUGAUCUUGCUGUGGUCAGUGUCGACCGUGGGCAAUGUCAUUGUGGAAUUGCUUGGAUAUGGGGGAGACACUGUUCUGUCACACAUGUGGAGAUGACAUGGAUAUACCCAGACAUGUUGGAUUUCACAGGUGUUCAAGGUGUCGAGGCUCAAACCAACGACAGCAACAUAAUGGGAGCCUACCCAAGUACAUAUAUACUAUAUUCUUUCUCUGUGCCUGGCUUUAUGCUGAAAAAAAAAAGCACUGCCUAUAUUCGAUAUCCGAAAGAUCUUUUGGCAUCUCGAGGUUAGAGACGAGGCUGUUGGUCCCUGCAAGGCUGCACAAGCACGACAAGGCAAGUUCUUCCUUGUGAUCGACCUGAUUGUCUGGAGCGUGGGAAAUAUCGGAGCCGUCAUCUACAGUCGUCUACUAGAUCUCUAUUUACCUACGCACGUUAAGCAG